AAUGGUCCUUCCUCCUGCAAAUGGAGCGAGCUGGUGGGCGCGAUGAAGAAGAAGGGGAAGAGAAGACAGUAAUUUUGAGAGCUCCUUCCGGCACACCAGAUUCGAGCUCGAGGAGAUUCACCCAGCAAGAUCUUGUAGGCCAUGGAAGAAGCAAGAAAGUCUUCUACUCGACUGAACUUCCUACUCGUUUCGUGUGAUUGUUUCAAACCUUAACAACGAAAUGACGGAACCAGCCAUUACCAACACAACGAGCACGAGCAGUUCAGGGGGAUGCAAUGAAUGCUAUCUCUAUGGCGUUCUCCUGGCAUUGCUCGGAUCCACUCUGGAGGCCCUUGGCUUGUCCCUCUGGAAGCUGCAUCACAUCCGCAAGGAAAAAGCGGAGAGAGAAAGAAUGACAGAGAAAAAGGAGAGUCUCAAACGGCUACAGAACAGCGGGGAACAAGCAACAAAUGCGAUGACAACUCACCCUGCAACCUCGGAGAUCGAAGACCAUGAUCUUGCUGCAGAGCCUGCACACUCGUACACGCCCUCUCACAGUGUGAACAGCGAGAAUGGUGAUGAGAGGCAAGACGAGGUCUCGAACGGAUCCAAGGACCCAAAGAAUGUUUCCCCUGCCUCCGGCCACGACUUUGUGAAGAACGAGAUAGCAGAGAUACAUGCAUCCUCUGGCCCGUUGGAAGACAGCGCACACGUCGAAGAGAUACCGAGGCUAUCCGGAACAUGGCCUUGUUGUUGCUGCCCAGCAUCUUUACUCCAAGAGGUUCCGUGGACUUGGUUGCUGGGAUUUUGCAUUUUUGCCAUUGGCAAUUUGUUUGACUUCUUGGCUCUUGGGAUAUCAAAGCAAUCUGUUGUGACUCUAGUUGGAAGCUGGGCGCUUGUGGUGAACACGCUCACUGCCAAGUUUAUUCUGCGAGAGCACACAAGCAAGAAAGAUUACAUGUCGUCAUUGAUUAUCAUCUGCGGAAUUCUCUUGACGGUCUUUGGGAGUGAGAAGAAUCAGAUUGAUUGGUCCAUCGAGAUUCUGGUGAAUCAGUACAAAAAGACCAAUGUUAAAGUUAUGCUCUGCAUUCUCGCAAGUUUGAUUGGUGCUUGCUUCAUCAUCAUGCGGAUGGACUACGUAAAGCGAAGGAACGAAGCCAGAUCAAAAAAUGAAGCAAUUGAAAGACCAUCCACGAGGAUUGGAGCUGUCUAUUGCAUCGUUGCAUCUUUUGUGGCAGAUUUCACAGUUUUGUUCGGCAAGGCUUUCUCUGGUCUAAUCAUUCCUUCAAUUACUGGAAGCAAUCAGUUCACAGACCCGUUUGUUGCCGUGAUCAUAGUUGUCUUCUGUAUUUCACUUCCGUCACAAUUGUUCUUGAUCAACAAGAGCCUUUCCGUGAAUGAUGCACUGUAUCACAUCCCCAACUUUUAUGUUUUCUGGAAUGUUGGGAGCAUCAUAACUGGAGCCAUCUUCUACGAGGAAAUGGUGAACUUCUCAGUGCAAAACUGGGUCAUGUUCAUCUUGGGGGUUUUGAUUCUCUUCGUCGGGGUCAUCUUUACAAAUCUGUCUGCCAAGGAGAAAGCCGAGGAGGAGACGAGGAAAGCUGCGUAUCUUGCAGAGAUGCAGAGAGAUUUGGUCCCAGUUCCCGAAGGGGAUGUCCAGAAUUCUUCUGAUGCUGUGAAGGAAUCGAUUGCGGACUUGCAAGAGGGCCCGAGCACCUCGAUCUCGCUGCCUGAAGAGGAGAUUUUCAAUCGGCAGAGUGCAGGAGGCACGCCGAUGAGCAUAUCGAUUCAAGUGGAACCGCACGAUCGUGCUAAGGGAGGGGACAGGGACUCAACUUCGAGCGAGGCCUCGGGGAUACGGAGCUGGAAGCUGACGCCUAAGUUGACGCCGAGCAGUGGCAGCACAUCGCCAGCUGUGGGUCCUGCAGAGAUGAGGAUGGCAGUCGCAGGGCUGCAAGAGGGAGGUGAUCGGAAGCUGAACCAGUGGCAGCCUCCUCAAGAAGCUCUUGAGGCAUCGCUCGCGACCCCCUCGGAUGAAGUUUCCCCGGAUCCUUCGGAAGUGGAGGAGGGAAGGAACGUCCAAGUGGAGGAGGAGCUGGUUGGUCCAAGAGGUGCGGGGGUGCGACAAGUCGUGCAGGGGGAGAGUGAGAUCGUGAGGGAGGAGGGAGGACACUCUCCUGUGAUGGAUCCUAGUGAUGUCACGCUUGACAUCGAGCAAGACGGGAAUGAUCGGUCCCGGCCUGACGUCCAGCUGCAUGAACCGAUCUCAGGCCUCCAGGUGGACGUGUCGGACAGCCUGACGCCUCUCAGCUCGGGAGGGUUCACUGUGAGAGACCUCAGCCCUCAAGGCUCCUUUGCGAGCCCCGUCCCUCUCCUGCGACUUCCGUCGGAGGAGCCCAAGACGGUGCUGCAGCAGCCGUCGCCCUUCGCCCGGAAAAUUCACUUCUUUAACGGGAACAGCCCGCAGGCCCGUCAAGCUCGGCGGGGUUACCUUGAGUAG